AUGACGCAAGUAGAAGAACCUCUUGUUGUAACUUCACUACAAACAGCUCUCAGUGAUCAAGCUUUUGCAAUGCACGGUUUAACUCAAUUCUCAGACAUUCAAACUGUCUUGAAAGAAAUGCACGAUAAAAAAGAAAUUCAAGAUGAACAAAGAGUGCAAGAUAAGCAAGAAACACUUACACAAUCACAAUCCAUCGACUCGUCGAUGUCAGGUCAAAACUCGCGUCAAGGUUCUCGUGCUGCCUCAAGAGCUCCGUCACGCUCAUCAUCAAGAGCUGGAUCACGUGCAGUUUCACCAUCUAACACACCAGUUCCAUUAUCACGUACUAACUCUUCUAGUAGAAUGAAGUCUGAUCUUCCAUCUACACCAGAGUCACCUGCUAGCCAAUUAGUUGCAAUGAUUAAACAAGCAGAAGAAGCUGUUGAGGUACCCGUAAGAGGUCGUGAAACAAAGCCAAGACAACCUUCUAAUGCUAGCGAAACAUCACAACUUGAUUUCGAUAAUUUUUUAAAUGAUCUUGACACCUAUUUAGAGGAGGAUGGCGAAGAAGUUGCUGGGGAAGGCUUAAUAAAACCAUCAUCAAAGGAAAACACUGAUUUAAUACAAGACCGCAAGAAAGAAAAGAGAGUAGGUCACAGUAAACAAAAAAGCAGGCAAGAAGAAGAAUUUCAACAAAGUUUAGAUGUUUUUGCAAAAAAUUUUAACAACAUUCUUGCAGAGAUUGAACACGAAGUAGGAGGAAAUGACGAUGCUAAUAUUCUUAACGGCGAGAUCAUGCCUCCAAAUAUGUUGUCAUCACAAUAUAUUGAUCCAAUAAAUCAUCCAAGUGAAGAUCUGGCAGACUUGGAUGAUUUUGCACAACAAUGUCGUCUACUCACUCGAGCACUUAUACUUCCAUUUUUACAUGCAACGCACUCAUUUAUGUCCGAGUCACUCCAAACCACCGAUACAUCACAUACACCUAGGUCGGUGACAAGCACUACACGAAGUUUUAUGAAUCUUAUGUAUUGGACAUUUUUGUUUACGCUUGGAACAUUGGUGCUAGAUGCAUGGUUGUGUGAAGUAGCAGGACAACAAGUAAUCAGAAUGGUUGGCAUGCUAAAGCCAGGACAAGUAUUUCACAACGUUGAUAAAAAUAACAGUAUUGAACAUCAUCAUCAUAAUGCUAUCGAGUUAGAUCAUCAAGAUGGUGAGGCGAAGAUGGUGGAAGACAAUCAACAAGAUAAUAAUGAUAUAUAUGAUCAUGAAAUGGAGGAACACGAGGAAGAAGAUCGAGAUUUAAAUAUACCCGGAUCUUUUCCUUCGGCAUUCAAAUGGACACCACACUCAUCCCAUUUAAAUAAUAAUAAAAAAGACAAUGUUAGAAGAGUAAAAAGUGUAGUAUUACGUCGACCAAAACGUAAUGGAUCAUUUAGCGGUGGAGGUCAUUGGGUGAUUAGAACUCGAACAACGAAAUCUACUUCACUGCCAGAAAGGAUAUGGGUUAGACGUAAUAAACAUUACAAGGAUGGCGGUUCUAACAAAUUUGUUGCCGCAGGAGGGUAUUAA